AUGGACGGGAAGAAAAGCGAGAUUUCUAUUUUGGUGCAGGAGAAAAGAUACGAGGAGAUAAUAAAGCAUCCAGAGGCCACAAAGGAGCACAUUGCGGUUGCUCUGAUAAAAAUGGAUCGAUACCGAGAGGCCUUGAAGUUCUGCCACAACAAUACGUUUGAAAAAGGUUACUGUUACUACAAGCUAGGAAAGUACAAGUCUGCCCUGCACACUGCGGGGCGAAAGAAAGGAAACGCCUGGGCCACUCUCAGGUCGCAAAUAUACUACAAGCUCGACAGGCCUGUGGAGGCGAUGAACGAGCUGAAGAUGAAGCUGACAGGCCCUGUGCUGGUGAACUACGCCUCAAGCGUGGGGAUGGCGUGUGUGGCAAACUCGUUGAAGAACGCGGAGACAGAGGUGCAGAACCUGCUGGAGCGAGUCAAGAGCGAGCCUGUUGACAUACAGGGAGAGGUUUUGUAUAACCUGGCGUUUUCCUACCUGCCAGACAAAAAGCUGAUGCACCAGAAGCUGGAGGAAAUAGACACGCCAGACAGAGACCACCGAGACCUGGUAAACUCGCAGAUUUACAACCUAGAGGGCAAAUACAAGGAAAUCUCGCCCAACAUUCUUAACAAGAGCAACAGGGCCAUCCACAGAUACAACGCGGAGGGAAUCCAGACGCCGUGCCUGCUAGAGAGCAUGAAGCAGUUCCAAAAAGACACGUACUACCAGAACAAGAUCCGGCAGUAUGGAAAGACCAAGGACGUGGCGGAAAUAUGCAGCAUGAUCGAGGAGCUGAAGCAGGGAAACCUAAAGCCAAUCGUCAAGUUUCUUAGCAAGAUGAGCCGAAAAAACGCACAUCGGAUGAAGAAGAUUUUGGAGGCAGAGGGAAUACAGAACAAGAGCUUGGCAAAAAUUAUUUCGAAAAAGUAG